ACACUCAAUGGUCUCGCUUUUUCCUGUUAUAAAUGGGGAUAUUUAUUAAUAUACUUAAUAGUAUUAAUAUGAUCACCAAGAAUUCAUUUAUAUUUAUCAUCAACACCAUCAUCAUCAUCAUCAUCAUGCCUAUUCUUAUUAACUUUAAUCAUUUCGCUUUCAAAUUUUUAUUAACACUCUCUCCCCUUUACCAACGACACCUUUUCCCUAUUGAAACCUAAGUCCGCCUUUUUUGCUGCCUCUUUGCUGGCCUUAAAGUAGUUAGAAGAUCAACCUGAUCAUCAUUAUCAUCUUUACUAAUCAUCUUAAACCAGUUAACUUUUGGAUUAUCUAUCGUGAUGAUUUGUUAACUUCGUGUUAAAAUUCAGUUCCAACAUUUUUCCUUUUCUUGCUCUUGUUACUUUCAACUCUUUGUGUCAUAGCUUUCCUUUGUUUAACAUAAUAUUAACAAGCACAAGAUUUUAACCUUUGAAUCACAACUUUCUUUUGUUUCUCGUUUGGUUCCACUUUUUUAUUCAAAUUGGAGCUGUUUCUUAUUAUGUAUUUGCUUGUUUCUUCACUUUUAAUUGUUCUUUACAUUCAUCUGCAAUCAAUCCAUUGUGAUCCAAAUAAACAUGACCAUCUUGAUCUUCACCAUUCAAAUGUAACUUCGGCUAACUUUUCAUCGCAUUCUUUAACAUCUCCGAUUACGCAGUUAUUGUCAUUUCCUGGUUCCACUAAAAAACCAAACAAAAAUUCUUUAACUUCAAAUGUAACUUAUUUUCAAAGUCCUCUGGAUAAUCGAGAUGAUUACCACUUAUUUUGGUCAAUUGAUUAUGACGCCAAAGUGGUUAGUUUUGAGGUUAGACUAAAGUUGAAGUCUAAAUCCAACUGGUUUGUAAUCGGAUUAUCCAACUAUGGGGAACCAGCUAAAUCAGAUGUUUGUAUCUUCUGGACUGAUCGUUUGGGUCGACAUCAUUUCCAGGAUGGCUGGACAGACGAUAAAGGUUAUAUAAAUAUAGAUGCUCAAAAUGAUUGUCAAUUAAUCAAUUUGCAGAGCAAUGGUAAAACCAUUAGAUUUUUGUUUCAUCGAGAUUUUGACACUUGCGAUAUCAACGAUCGACCUAUUGAAGAUGGAACUAAUCAUAUUAUUUACGCUGAAGGGCCAGGACCCAUCAAACAUGCAUAUGGACUCAACCUUUAUAAGGUUAAACAUGGUUUUCAGCGUCUGCAGUUGCUGAAAAGCACUGAAAAAGUACCAGAUCUACCAGCCGAUGUCAGAAUAAUCGAUGUUACCAAUGAUAAUGUUGUUAUACCUGACGAUGAGACAACUUAUUGGUGUAAGCUAGUUAAAUUUCCCGAAGACAUCAAACGCAAACACCAUAUUGUUCGAUAUGAAUCAAAUAUACACACUGGUAAUGAAGCUCUCGUUCACCAUAUGGAAAUUUUUCACUGUGAAGUUGACCAAUCAGUUGAAUUGCCCAGUUGGAAUGGACCUUGCCACGAUAAAAGUAAACCACCCAUUCUGGAAGCAUGUAGUAGAGUUUUAUCAGCCUGGGCAAUCGGUGCUGGGCCUUUCUCUUAUCCUGGUGAGGCUGGUUUACCUUUUGGUGGAUCCAAUUUUUCUCUGUAUGCCAUGUUAGAAGUACAUUACAAUAAUCCCAAUCAUCGUUCUGGAAUCAAAGACAAUUCUGGUAUUCGUCUGUAUUAUACACCAAAUUUACGAACUUAUGAUGUUGGUGUCUUAGAAAUAGGAUUAACAUAUAACGAUAAAAAUUCAAUUCCACCCAAUUCUUCAUCGUUCAUCUUGUCUGGUUACUGUGUUACUGAAUGUACCCGUGUUGGCCUACCUUCAACUGGUAUAACUGUUUUUGCUUCUCAGUUACAUACUCAUUUGACUGGUCGUAAAGUUUGGACUCGACAUUUUCGUGGGGGAGUCGAGUUACCUAUAUUAAAUCGUGAUGAUCAUUAUUCAGCGCAUUUCCAAGAGAUUCGAGCGUUAAAAAGACGAGUUCAAGUUUUACCUGGAGAUUUAUUGAUUAACAGCUGUCUAUAUGACACAACAUCUCGGGACACAAUCACCCUCGGUGGCUUUAGUAUUUCUAAUGAAAUGUGUGUUAAUUACAUGCAUUACUAUCCAAGAUCAUCUUUAGAAGUUUGUAAAAGUUCCGUUGAUGACUCAAUUCUAGCUCGAUAUUUUGAUUAUUUGUCAUCUAAUGAAAAACAAAAUACCUCUUCAAUAGAAAAAUCCAUUGCAGAUAAUUAUCGUUCAAUUGAAUGGACUCCUUACCGCACCAGAUUUUUAGAUAAAUUUUAUUCAGUCUCACCUCUUUCAAUGGAGUGUCGCAGAUCUGACGGUGAUCUCUUCCCAGGUGAUUGGAAUGGAGUAUCCUUGCCUGAAUUAAGAGUCGAGUUAAAACCAAAAAGUCCAUGUUCACAGCCCGAGGAAGCUCUAUCUUCAGAAAGACGAUAAAUCAAUGAUGUUUAACAUUCAUGUAUUAUCUUAUUGUUACACAUUUUAUUGGGUCCAUAUUUGAUUUUUAUUAGAUGUUUAGAUUCAAAUCUCAGGAUAACAAAAUAUUGUAGAAAUCUCAAAGUGUAAAUAAAGAACAAGAAAAAUUAUUUAGUGAA